AGGCAUCACUUCUAGUUCUAGAGCCAGGGAAUUGGAUCUAGCUGCAUCUUUAACCAAAGGGAAAAACAAACCUGUGUCUUCUUAUCCAUAAAGUCUAGGGAUUUCUUUGUGGUUCUCUACUACUUUCUAAGGUAGUGGUUUUCAAAUUAUUUUGAACAUGACCCACAUUAAGAAACACAUUUUUCAUCAUUACUGAUAGCUGAAACAACAGUUUCCUGAAACAUUAUUUUACCCUUACUGUAUGCAAUGCCUUGACUUCUAUUCUUUUUCAUUUUCUUGCAAUGGGAUGAUCAUCUGUGGAAUUAAAUUCAUGGGAUGAUAAUGGGUGGUAACCUCCAGUUUUGAAAAAUACUCUUCUAAGGCCUGUGCUGCUUUAUUUCAUCUGGGCCUUGUUGGGGCUUGGUCUAGCACCCCCUUGUGGGUUAUUGGACAACAGCUAACACUCAGCUUUUUCACAUCACCAGGAGGCCUUCUGAACAGGGCAUGGACUUCUGUCCCUAAAAGCAAGAAUUUAUGGGCCUGGGCCUCUCCCAAAAGGAAUGUCUGCUGUUGGUUGCCAAAAUGGAGCCCCUUCUCUUCUCUAGGACAAAACAAAAAUCAGAGAACCAAAGUUUAUGGACAAGUGGUGAGUUUUGCUCUUGUUUCUGUGCUGCCCGUAGACAUAGAUAGUAGGUACAUAUCAAGCCAGUGUAUGUAAAGCACCAGUCCCAGUUGAUGUCCAAGAAAUGGUGGUCUACUCCCUCCCAGUUGAUGAGGCUUCCUUAAGGCAUUGAUGGGACUCAAAGAUUUCUUGUAUCUGAGAGGAGACACAGCCUGUCCUACUAGAGAUGCCUCACAGACAUUAAAAAUAUUUUUAAGUCAUUUCUCAAUUUUUCUAGAUGUAAAAGAGGUUAGAGGAUGGCAUGUGGGCCAGCCCUGCUGGGCCAUGGUGGUUGCACAGAGAAGAGGAAGAGAUGGGAGUGAACAUGUGGAUUGUAGAGCUGGGUUUUUCCUGCCCAUUUCCUAUCCCACUACUCACCCCACUCCCAGCUGGCCCAUGCAUGACUGGGGACUUAUGAACCCCCGUUCAGUUCAAGCAAGCUCAGUGAAGCUCCUCAAAGCUGCCUGGUGGCAUGGAGCUGGGUGGGCUCCUGACAGCCUUGUCAGUGGGCAGCAGCUUUGGGUCUCUCAGUGAACUUGGGAGCAGUUUAAUGCUGAUAGCGAGGGUCUCGGUGCUCAGGAGUGUCUAUACCCACAUGGCCCCUGUGGUAUUUUCUCCAUUCUUUUCUAGGGGUGCCACUCUCUGGCAGGCUCUGGAACCAGCCUGAUGGCCCGAGACCCCACUGCAGCCCUGAGGCCGAGCCGAGCCCUUUGGCAUGGCCAAGUCAGUGGUCAUCCACAAGCUCCAUUUUUCUGAGCAGACAAGAAAGGAAGAUGUCCUAAAAUCAGGGAGCCAGGAACUAAGGGCACCCCACUUGAUCUUCCCUUUAUCCUCAAGACAAGAGUCACAACCAUGAUUUUUAAAAAUAUGAGGACAAUGUCCAGCAGCCGGCAGAUCAAGGUCUGAGUUUGGGUAACGGAAACCAGCUCCAGACUCUCGGGUCUCAGAAUUCAGGCUUCUCAGACUUGCUGUCUCAAGGAUGGUCAAAAUGCCAAGAUGUUUUGAAUAUACUUGUUAAUAUUAACCAAAGGUAAUUGCACCUUGAUAUUUAUGGAGGAAAGGCCAAAUUUCAGCCUCAAGUGUAUUUUGCCUCCCAGGAGGAUUUAAAUUUUAGCUCUGCUUGCCCACUUUAGACCCACCCCAGCAUGCCCGACUUAGUUUGCCCAAAGGAAACUGCUGAUUCCGUCAAACUCGGUUCCACGCUCAGCCCCCUGUCCUGCACCUUGCCACUCACAGGCAGACAAUGCAUGUGCGGUACAUGUCAGCCCAGCACUCCCGGCCCCCAUGGGUUUAGGAUAGCAGUGGGGGCAGAAACAAACCUUUCUCAAUUCUGCAGACCAGGGAAUCCAGCAGCACCCCCUGAGACUGGUGGGAACACAUUUCAGACUGAACAGAAGAAACCUCACGUUUGGAGGUGGCGUUACAGUUUAUGAAGUGCUUUCACUCCCUUCAUAUCUCUUCGCUCCACAGCUUCUAGGUGACAAAGCUGAGGCCAACUAGAGCGACCCACCUAAGUCCCCACAGCUGGGACUGACUUGGAAUCCCAGGACCUGGGCUGCCCGGACCUGUGCCCUUCUCAGCAGCCCAGGCCCCCGACACUGGCAAUUUCCAGGCACACACCAGCAGGGAAGGCCAUCCCAAAAGGGCUGUGUGGCCCUGGUCUUUUAGUGUCCGUCUUUGACCCACCUGCCUUAAGAAAUCUUUCGCCUAAAUGUUAAUGUGUAUCAUUUACAGGUAGUCACUGCCCCCUUUCAAAGGUGAACACAGUAAAAUUUAUGACAGGUGCACUAUCAGCCCACGUUGGAGUAUAAAAGCAGGAGGAAGCCUCAGCCUAUCCACCUGCCCACUCGGUUCAUCCGGACACCAGAGGCACCUGGGGGAUCCAGGCAUGGAGCUGUGGCCAAGUCUCUUCCUCCUGGGGCUGCUGCUGCUGCCAGGGCAAGGGACCCAGGCCCUCUCUGGUCCUGGAAAGAACACAUUGGAAAAGCAGCCACGGCCAGAGUUGCCAUCCCUGAAGCAUUUUCCUCUGCACUGCAAGCCAGAGAACUCAGGAUCCAACGUGCUUUCGAAGUCAGUUCACUCUCUGAGACCUUCGGAUAUUAAGGUUGUGGCAGCCAUCGGCCAUCUGGAAACUCAUGCAGAUGCGGCGACAGACAACCUGGAGAAGCAAAAAUGGACAGAAGACAGGCCACAGCAGGCUUGCAUGGGAGUGGUGGCAGUCCUUUCAGAUAUCAUCGGGCAUUUCCAUCCGUCUGUUCUGACACCCGUGUGCCCUCCUGGGGAGAGCACUGAACCCCACCACGGCUCUGAAAACUUGUGGGUUCAGGCCAAGGAACUGGUGAGAAGCAUGAAAGAGAACCUGCAACUGGAUUUUCAAAAUGACUGGAAGCUCAUCAAUAUAUUCUUCAGCAAUGCAAGUCAGUGUCACCUGGGUCCCUCUGCCCAACAGGAAAGACACUUGAUGGGUGGCCUGGAGGAGCUGAUGGCAACGCUGGACUACCUGCACCAGGAGGUCCCCAAAGCAUUUGUGAACCUGGUAGAUCUUUCUGAGGCCAUGGGGGUCUCUCACUGGCAUCAGGGAUCUGGGCUCAGCCCCCCAGCAGAACACAACAGCUGCUUGCAGGAGACUUCAAAGCUGUCCCGGGCCGUGAUGCAGUGGUCCUAUCAGGAAACCUGGGGAAAGCUCCUGGCUUCCAGCAAGUACAAUGAGCAGGAGCUCUUCACGGUCGUUUUCCAGCCUUUCUUCUUCACAUCAGCCCCGACGACACUCCCGGAUGCCACCACACUUGCCUUGAACCUCUGGAACACUAUGAUGGAGCCAGCAGGACAGAAGGAUGAGCUGUUCAGUGCAACAGAGAGGGGGCCGGUGAAGUGUCCCACCCAGGAGAACCCCUAUCUGUUCACCUAUAGGAACAGCAACUAUGUCCCCAGUUCAUCAAAACCCUACAAGAAGCUUCAGGAGCGGGAAGGAGCGGAAGUCAGAUGUCCCGACAUGGACCCCUCCAACUCGAUUCCUACCUCAGUUCACAGGCUGAAGCCAGCUGACAUCAAGGUCAUCGGAGCCCUGGGUGACUCUCUCACGGCAGGUAAUGGGGCUGGGUCCAAGCCCUUGGACGUCCUGGACGUUUUGACCCAGUAUCGAGGCCUGUCCUGGAGUGUCGGCGGAGACGGAAACAUAAGCACAGUCACCACCCUGGCAAAUAUCCUCCAGGAAUUCAACCCUUCCCUGGUAGGCUUCUCUGUUGGCACAGGGAAUGCGAAUCAACCAACAGCCUUCCUAAACCAGGCCGUGGCAGGAGCCCGAGCUGAGGAUUUACCUGCCCAGGCCAGGAAGCUGGUGGAUCUGAUGAAACAAGACACGAGGAUAAAUUUUCAGGAAGAUUGGAAGCUAAUCACCCUGUUUAUAGGAGGCAAUGACCUCUGUGAUUGCUGCACUGACCCGGUCCGCUUCUCUCCCCAGAAUUUCACGGGCCACAUUGGGGAGGCUCUGGACAUCCUGCACGCUGAGGUCCCCCGGGCCUUUGUGAGCCUGGUGACAGUGCUGGAGAUCAUCAACCUGCGGGAGCUGUACCUGGAGAAGAAGGUCUAUUGCCCCCGGCUGAUCCUCAAGUUGCUGUGUGGCUGUGUCCUGCAGUUUGAUGAUAACUCAACAGAACUCAACGCUGUCAUCGAAGUGAAUAAAAAAUACCAGGAGGGGACCCACCAGCUGGUGGAGAGUGGGCGGUACGACACGAGGGAAGAUUUCACGGUGGUCGUGCAGCCAUUCUUUGAGAAAGUGGACAUGCCAAAGACCUCGGAGGGCCUGCCCGACAGCUCUUUCUUCGCGCCCGACUGCUUCCACUUCCAGAGCAAGGCCCACGGCCGCGCCGCCAGCGCCCUCUGGAACAACAUGCUGGAACCUGUUGGCCAGAAGACGUCACAGCAUAAUUUCGAAAACGAGAUCAAUAUUGCAUGUCCGAGCCAGGUCUGGCCCUUUCUGAGCACCUACAAGAACAGCGUGCAGGGUCAUGGGAGCUGGCUGUCAUGCAGGGACAGGACUCCUUCUGCCUCAACCCCCACCUCGGUGCACGCGCUGAGACCCGCAGAUAUUCGUGUUGUGGCUGCUCUCGGAGAUUCUCUCACUGCUGGCAACGGCAUUGGCUCCAAACCAGAUGACCUUCUGGAUAUGAGCACACAGUAUCGGGGACUGUCGUACAGUUCAGGAGGGGACAGCUCCCUGGAGAAUGUGACCACCUUACCUAACAUCCUGCGGGAGUUUAACAGAAAUCUCACGGGCUUCGCAGUGGGCACGGGUGAUGCCAGUGACAGAAACGCGUUCCUCAAUCAGGCUGUUCCGGGAGCAAAGGCUGAGGAACUUGUGAGCCAAGUUCACACUCUGGUGCAGAGGAUGAAAGACGACCAAAGAGUAAAUUUCCAUGAAGACUGGAAGGUCAUCACAGUGCUGAUUGGAGGCGGUGAUUUAUGCGACUACUGCACUGACUCGAAUCUGUAUUCUGCAGACAACUUUUUUGACCAUCUCCGCAAUGCCUUGGACAUCCUGCAUAGAGAGGUGCCCAGAGCCCUGGUCAACCUCGUGGACUUCCUGAGUCCCAGCGUCUUGCGGCAGGUGUUCCUGGGGAACCCAGACGAGUGCCCUGUGCGGCAGGCCAGCAUUUUGUGUAACUGCGUCCUGACCCUGCGGGAGAGCUCUGAAGAGCUGGCUGCGCUGGAGGCCGUCGCCCGAGCCUACCAGAGCAGCGUGCGGGAGCUGGUGGAGUCCGGCCGCUACGACUCGCGGGAGGACUUCUCCGUGGUGCUGCAGCCCUUCCUCCAGAACAUCCGGCUCCCCGCCUUGGCGGACGGGCGUCUGGAUACGUCUUUCUUCACCCCAGACUGCACCCACCCAAGUCAGAAAUUCCACUCCCAGCUCUCCAGAGCCCUCUGGGUCAAUAUGCUUCAACCACUCGGAAGGAAAACGGACACCCUGGACCUGACAGCAGACCUACCCCUCUCCUGUCCCACUCAGAAUGAGCCCUUCCUGAGGACCUUCCGAAACAGUAACUACACGUACCCCACCAAGCCGGCCAUUGAGAACUGGGGCAGUGACUUCCUGUGCACGGAGCAGAGCCCUUCUGACGGCGCGCCCACCUCGGUUCACAAGCUCCGACCAGCAGACAUCAAAGUAGUGGCCGCCCUGGGUGACUCUUUGACUGCAGCCGUGGGAGCCCGACUAAGCAACUCCAGCGACCUCCUGACAUCCUGGAGGGGACUGUCCUGGAGCAUUGGAGGGGACGGGGCCUUGGAGACCCACACCACACUGCCCAACAUUCUGAAGAAGUUCAACCCUCACCUCCGUGGGUUCUCCACUGGCACCCGGGAGGAGACAGCGGGACUGAAUGUGGCCGUGGAAGGGGCCAGAGCUCGGGACAUGCCGGCCCAGGCCCGGGAUCUGGUGGCACGAAUGAAAAACAGCCCCGAAAUCAACCUGGAGAAGGACUGGAAGCUGAUCACGCUCUUCGUUGGGGGCAAUGACUUGUGUCACUACUGUGAGAACCCGGAGGCCCGCUUACCCGGGGAGUACGUGCGCCACCUCCAGCAGGCCCUGGACAUCCUCUACGAGGAGCUUCCGAGGACCUUUGUCAACGUGGUGGAGGUCAUGGAGCUGGCUGGCCUGCAGCAGGGCCAAGGCGGGAAGUGUGCCAUGCCGCCGGCAGCCCAGAGCAACUGCACUUGCCUCAAAGGCUCCCAAGAGAAGUCUCCGGAGAUGCAAGAACUGAAGAAAGUGAACUGGAACUUCCAGAGCGGAGUCUCCAGUUUCUACUACCACCACCAGUACAUGCAGCGGGAGGACUUCACUGUUGUGGUGCAGCCCUUCUUCGAGAACACCCUUGUCCCACUAAAUGACAGAGGGGGCGUGGACCUCACCUUCUUCUCUGAGGACUGUCUGCACUUCUCGGAACGCGGGCACGCGGAGAUGGCCAUCGCCCUCUGGAAUAACAUGCUGGAACCAGUGGGCCUUAAGACCACCUCCAACAACUUCACCCACAGCCGAACCAAACUCAAGUGCCCCUCUCCUGAGAGCCCCUACCUCUACACCCUGAAGAACAGUCAGCUAUUUGCAGACCAGGCUGAAGAAUCCCCCAAAGUGCUCUCCUGGGCCGUGCCGGUGGCAGCCGUGGUCGGGCUGGCCGUGGGAGUCGGCAUGGCGCUGGUGUGGAGAGCCAUGAGGGGCCGCCGGAGGGAAGACGGUCCGAUGAGCCUGAACUCCAUGAGCUUCUAGGCCCACUGUGCGCAGGCAACCAGCCUGAGACCCCCAGCCACACUCCCCACUGCCCCCACCUGAGCCACCCCUGGCUUCAACACCUGGUGACCCGGGGAAGCCCGAGGGGACAGUCAUGACUUCUUGGGGCCUGGGGCUGGCAAAUAAAAAACAAAUUCAGACUU